GACCCAAUGAUAGGUUGUAUUGGCAAACUAGAUCGUUAUAUUAUAACGACCAUAGAAUUUGCGAAAUGCUGACUUUAAACGAGACUGUUGAAACCCCUGCACCAUCAACUUGUUUGUCAGUAGCCUGCCUCGAUUUAAAAACUGACCAUACAAAGAACAAGCUCUUGCGUAUCGAAAGAUUUUUUAAGGUUCCACUAAAUUCACACGGAGAGUCGGAAACAAGAAUUUUUUAAAAUCUUUCAAUUCUACGAAUAUUUUUCGAGCGCCUUAUCUAGAACCGAAGAAAGGAAGAUGACAGGUGGAACUUCCGGCAUAAUUUAUUUUCAAUGAAAAUUUUGUAUUAGCACAACCUUUUGUGUUAAGAUUUUUCAUUUGGCUUGUUGAAGUACAAUCAAUUCAGCCAUGUCGGCGUCAGCUGUUUAUUUACUUGAUUCAAAGGGCAAGGUGCUGAUUUCCCGCAAUUAUCGAGGAGACAUAGACAUGUCAGUCAUUGACAAGUUUAUGACACUUCUGAUGGAAAGAGAAGAAGAUAUGAACACAUCUCCAAUUAUUCAGCAUGGCAACACCACCUUCAUUUUCAUCAAGUACAACAGCCUGUACUUGGUUGCUACAUCUAAAAAGAAUGCUAAUGUUACCAUGGUCUUCUCCUUUCUUCAUAAACUUGUACAGGUAUUUAUUGAGUACUUCAAAGAGUUAGAGGAAGAGAGCAUCAGAGAUAACUUUGUACUGAUCUACGAGUUACUGGACGAAGUGAUGGACUUUGGAUUUCCUCAGACGACUGACAGUAAAAUUCUCCAAGAAUUUAUCACACAAGAGGGUCACAAGAUGGAGAUAGCACCCCGACCACCUCCAGCGGUGACCAAUGCUGUAUCUUGGCGACCUGAGAAAAUCAAAUACAGGAAAAAUGAAGUGUUCCUUGAUGUCAUUGAAUCUGUAAACUUACUAGUCAGUGCUAAUGGUAAUGUGCUGCGAAGUGAAAUUGUGGGAUCUGUGAAGAUGAGAGUGUACUUGUCUGGGAUGCCUGAGCUGCGACUUGGUUUGAAUGACAAAGUGCUGUUUGAGAGUACAGGACGUGGUAAGAGUAAGUCAGUGGAACUUGAAGAUGUAAAAUUUCACCAGUGUGUCAGACUAUCUAGGUUUGAAAAUGACAGAACUAUUUCUUUCAUUCCACCUGAUGGAGAAUUUGAGCUGAUGUCUUACAGAUUGAACACUCAUGUGAAGCCACUGAUUUGGGUUGAAUCUGUCAUUGAGAGACAUGCCCAUAGUCGAGUAGAAUAUAUGAUCAAAGCCAAAAGCCAGUUCAAAAGGAGGUCCACUGCCAAUAAUGUUGAGAUCAUCAUUCCAGUACCUGCUGAUGCAGACUCACCAAAGUUCAAGACAACAGUUGGUAGUUGUAAAUACGCUCCUGACAUGAAUGCAGUCAUCUGGACCGUUAAAUCAUUCCCAGGAGGCAAGGAGUAUCUGAUGAGGGCACACUUUGGUUUGCCCAGUGUGGUGGGUGAGGAGACGGAGGGCAGGCCCCCUAUACAUGUCAAGUUUGAGAUUCCAUACUUCACUGUAUCUGGAAUACAGGUGAGGUACCUCAAGAUUAUUGAAAAGAGUGGUUACCAGGCCCUCCCAUGGGUACGCUACAUCACUCAAAAUGGAGAUUAUCAACUUAGAACGCAAUAACUUGGAAGAAAAGAAAAGAAAUAUAUAGAUGACAUUCUUAGGUGUAGAGAUAAGGAGUGAUCAGUUGUUCUGUUGUUGUGAUCUAAAGUACACAGCUGUGUUGUGGACACGAAAUAAUUAUAACAUACUGUCAAUCGGCAAUCUCUACUUCUUUACUUUCAUUGUAAAUGAAAACAGUACAGAUAAUGGAGACUGCUUAAGUUUUCUCUGGAUGGAAAUUAAUAUAAAUUGUGCUACAGAUUUGCAAAUGAUUAUUUAUCAUUAUUUUAAAACCCUUCUGUUAUGAAAUAAUAUUACAUAUUCAAAACAACUUUUAUGUAUGCUUUAUGUACAAAUUGUAUUUAUAGGUGUCAUAGUCUAAACUAAAUAAAAUCCCAUUAAUUUAU